UAAAACAAGAUGCCUUAUCAGCCCACUUAAGUUUAAAAAAGUAUACGCAAGUGCAUUUCGGGGAAUUUAACUGUGACCUGUUAAGAAACUCAUGUAAAAAAUAAUAAAAAUGUCUAACAUCAGCGACAAUUGAACUGUUUGCGUAUGUGGUAGUCUAAUAAGAGAUACUAAUUUUAAUUAAACCUACAUAUAUAUCUUCUUUUUCAAUGGAUAUUUAUUAUAAUAGCUGAAGGGUGUAGAACCUGAAGACAAGAUGGGGGAGAUUUUACAUUCAGAUUUAGAAUGUCCUCCAUCACCUGCUCGUCUUGAAUACACAUCAGACAAACAUCCUCGUCAUACGCUUGAAGCAAUCAAUUUGUUAAGGAAGCACAGGGAACUAUGUGAUGUUGUUCUUAUUGUAGGAACACGCAGGAUAUUUGCUCAUAGAGUAAUUUUGUCAGCAUGCUCUCCAUACUUCCAUGCCAUGUUCACUGGUGAGCUUGCAGAAAGCAGGCAAACAGAGGUAACAAUUAGGGACAUAGAUGAACAUGCUAUGGAGCUGCUCAUAGAUUUUGCUUACACUUCUCAUAUAAUAGUGGAAGAAAAUAAUGUUCAAGUUUUGCUUCCUGCUGCCUGUUUGCUCCAAAUGGCUGAAAUACAAGAGGUGUGUUGCGAAUUCCUUAAGCGACAAUUAGACCCAUCAAAUUGUCUUGGAAUAAGAGCCUUUGCUGAUACACAUUCUUGUAGAGAGCUUCUUCGCAUAGCAGAUAAAUUUACUCAACAUAAUUUUCAAGAGGUAAUGGAAAGUGAAGAGUUCUUGUUGCUUCCUGUAAACCAACUGAUUGACAUAAUUUCAAGUGAUGAACUUAAUGUACGGAGUGAAGAACAAGUAUUUAAUGCUGUUAUGUCAUGGGUAAAAUAUAACAUUACUGAGCGAAGACAGCAUUUACCUCAGGUCUUACAACAUGUAAGGUUACCACUUCUCAGUCCAAAGUUUCUUGUGGGAACUGUUGGUUCUGAUCUUCUCAUAAAAAGUGAUGAAGCAUGUAGAGAUUUAGUUGAUGAAGCUAAGAACUAUUUGCUUCUGCCACAAGAAAGGCCUCUUAUGCAGGGGCCGAGAACAAGACCUAGAAAGCCAGUUCGUAGAGGUGAAGUUUUGUUUGCAGUUGGUGGUUGGUGCAGUGGAGAUGCUAUAGCGAGUGUUGAAAGGUAUGAUCCACAAGCAAAUGAAUGGAGGAUGGCAGCGCCGAUGAGUAAACGGAGAUGUGGAGUUGGUGUAGCGGUUCUAAAUGAUUUAUUAUAUGCUGUUGGAGGCCAUGAUGGGCAGUCUUACUUAAAUAGCAUUGAAAGGUAUGAUCCUCAAACCAAUCAGUGGAGUUGUGAUGUUGCACCAACUAGCUCUUGCCGUACCAGUGUUGGUGUUGCUGUUCUUGAUGGAUAUCUUUAUGCUGUGGGUGGUCAAGAUGGUGUAUCAUGUUUAAAUUUUGUUGAGAGAUAUGACCCUCAAACUAAUCGUUGGACCAAAGUUGCUCCUAUGAGUACCAAACGACUUGGAGUUGCUGUAGCAGUCCUUGGAGGCUAUCUGUAUGCUGUUGGUGGAUCUGAUGGCUCAUCACCUCUAAACUCUGUUGAGCGAUUUGAUCCAAGAACAAACAGAUGGAGCUCCGUUGCCUCUAUGGGAACAAGACGUAAACACCUUGGCUGUGCCAUUUAUAACAACAUGAUUUAUGCUGUUGGUGGAAGGGAUGACACUACUGAAUUAAGUAGUGCAGAAAGAUACAAUCCUCAGACAAAUCAAUGGCAACCCAUAGUAGCUAUGACUUCUCGAAGAUCUGGGGAAAAUAUAAAAGAAAAAUUGCUUAUUUUGAGAAAUAAUUUUCAAAAGCGCUAUUCAAAUUAUUCCGAAGUCUUAGUUGACAAAAUACAUUUGUAAACUUAAAAUUUAUAAAAAAUACAAGGAAGAUUAUUUACAAGAAGAAGUAACAGAAUCUUUCACAGGAAGUGGAAGGCAGGCACUCAGUGAGCUCACUCUCUUAUACAAAAUGUCCAUAUGAGAAUCAUUGAAAUAACUCUUUAACUCUGUAGGAAGUGAAUCAUCACUCUCAGUAUUUCUUUUCUUUGAUACAUAAUACUUAAUCGUCAUAAAAAAACUGAAGUCAGGGCUUUCCAAAAUAAAAAACAAAGCACAUAAAAUGUAAAUAAUUAAAGUAAAGCAAAGCAUAACAGAACUCCACAUAGUAACCCUAAAAGACCCUACAUUGUAGCGAAGAAAAGAAUAAAAAAGGAUUUGAAGGCAUAUCACAAAUGAGAAUGUUUAUAUCGUCUGGCGAGUUAAAGAGACUAGCUAUGUUUGUUUACAUUAGCUUCCUCUCCUUCCCUGCAACAGCUGACACCAAAGUUAGGCAGAAUGGAUCAAACUGAAGGUCAGGAUCUUAAAACUAUGUUCAGUUCAAAGGUAAAGUACACAGGGGUGCCAUCUAACCAACCAUCUAUCUAACAUCAUCAGUGGUCUUUAACAGGUGGUUCAGCUUAAAAUGUAUAUAUGUAUCAUCCGUCUCAUAAGCACAAUCUCCAGUGGUAUAUGGGUGGGACGCCUGGUUGUGAGAGACAUUCGUAGGGAAUGCGUAUAUGGGAUGCCCAUCUGGAAAGUGUUAAUUAGCUGUAGUCAUUUAGUACAUUAUGCUCAGCUGCAUACUUUUCUUAGUAACAAUAAAAUGUAACAUUAUUAGUAAUAUUAUUAAGUAAGAAUAUUAUAUUAUUAGUAACAUUCUUACAUGAAAUUUACAACGAAAGUAAAUGAACUUCAUAAAAAUUUCUGAUAUAUUACUCAUUUUUAAAAAAAGGGCAUCAUAUAUGUGUUAUUAAAAAAUGAUUUUGUUCAAAGUGCAUGCUUUAGUUU